GAAAGGUUGAACAGUUUUUGAAAAAACUGACAGAGUCUUUAGACGAAGCUGAAAAAAAGUUGCAAACCGAUGAUGAAGAAAUCAAACAAAAAUUGUCAGAAACUUUACUAAAAACUUUGGAGCAUUUGAAAGAAGAAAUAACCAAAUAUCUGUCAGAGCUUAUCAAAACAAUAACGAGUGAAAUUUCAUCACUUGAUGGAAACCAAACGCAAGCUAAAGGAGUAGCGUCAAUUUAUGUAAUAAACGCACUCAAGAAUAUCAAUGACUUCUUAACACGUGAACUACAAAGGUUGAAGGAAGCAUUAGAACAGUUAAACGAAAAAUUAGAGGCUUUUUUCACAAUAUCCUCAGUGGCCAAUUCUGGAGCACGAGAGACAUUAGGAGAUCAGUUAAACACAACUUUGAAGCAAGCAGAAGAACAAAUAACAAUGAUACUGAAAAAUGUUAAAACUGGCCUGCAAAGCAGAUUAUCCGAACUGGAAACUAAACUUAAAGAGCGUUCAGCGGAUACCUCAGGUGCGUUUCUUCCAAAUAAAUGUCUGUUUGCCUGUCCGCUGCAAAAAAUGGGAGAGUCUUGUCUAUGA